AUUACGUCUACUUUGAAAAUUCUUCAAGUAACCCGUAUUUGAUACGAAGAAUAGAAGAGCUCAAUAAGACUGCCAAUGGGAAUGUGGAAGCAAAGGUGGUAUGUUUCUACAGAAGAAGAGACAUAUCAAGUACACUUAUUGUAUUGGCAGACAAACAUGCAAGAGAAAUGGAAGAAGAGAUGGAAAACCCAGAAAUGGUUGAUUUACCAGAGAAACAGAAGCAUCAGCUACGACACCGUGAGCUAUUUCUCUCACGACAGCUGGAAUCUCUGCCAGCCACACACAUUAGAGGCAAAUGCAGUGUCACUCUUUUAAAUGAGACGGAAUCCCUUAAGUCGUAUCUGGAACGGGAGGAUUUCUUCUUUUAUUCACUAGUAUAUGAUCCUCAACAAAAGACCCUACUCGCUGAUAAAGGAGAGAUUCGAGUUGGAAACAGAUACCAGGCAGAUAUAACAGACUUACUAAAAGAGGGUGAGGACGAUGGAAGAGAUCAGUCAAAACUUGAAACAAAAGUUUGGGAAGCCUUUAACCCACUAGUAGACAAGCAGAUAGACCAGUUCCUGGUGGUAGCACGGUCUGUUGGUACAUUUGCCCGAGCACUGGAUUGCAGUAGUUCUGUCAGACAGCCAAGUUUGCACAUGAGUGCUGCAGCAGCCUCUAGGGACAUCACUCUGUUCCAUGCCAUGGACACUUUGCACAAAAAUGUCUAUGACAUUUCCAAGGCAAUCUCUGCGCUUGUGCCACAAGGUGGGCCAGUCCUGUGCAGAGAUGAGAUGGAGGAGUGGUCUGCUUCAGAGGCAAACCUGUUUGAGGAAGCACUAGAAAAAUACGGAAAAGAUUUCACUGAUAUUCAGCAAGAUUUUCUCCCAUGGAAGUCCUUAACAAGCAUAAUAGAAUAUUACUAUAUGUGGAAAACUACAGACAGAUACGUUCAGAAGAGAAAACGAUUGAAAGCAGCAGAAGCAGAAAGCAAGCUAAAGCAAGUGUAUAUACCCAACUAUAACAAGCCAAACCCCAACCAGAUCAAUGUAAAUAAUGUCAAACCAGGAGUGGUAAAUGGUACUGGAGUACAGGCACAGAACACAGGAGCAGGACGGGCCUGUGAAAGCUGUUAUACCACACAGUCUUACCAGUGGUAUUCUUGGGGUCCCCCUAACAUGCAGUGUCGCCUCUGUGCAUCCUGUUGGACAUACUGGAAGAAAUACGGUGGCUUGAAAAUGCCAACACGGUUAGAUGGGGAGAGACCAGGACCAAACCGCAAUAAUUUGAGUCCUCAUGGUGUGCCAGUACGAAACAGUGGUAGUCCCAAGUUUGCUAUGAAGACUCGACAAGCUUUCUAUCUCCACACAACAAAACUGACAAGAAUUGCCAGACGUUUGUGUCGAGAUAUCCUGCGCCCCUGGCACGCUGCGAGACACCCCUACCUGCCCAUCAACAGCGCGGCCAUCAAAGCAGAGUGCACAGCACGUUUACCUGAGGCAUCAGAAAACCCAUUGCUAUUAAAGCAAGUGGUUCGAAAGCCUUUAGAAGCAGUACUCCGGUAUUUAGAGUCUCAUCCAUGUCCUCCGAAACCAGAUCCUGCAAAGAGCUUGUCCAGUUCUAUCAACAAUCUGACUCCUGCUAAGUUCACGCCUGUCAUUAAUAAUGGGUCUCCAACUAUCCUGGGAAAAAGAAGUUAUGAACAACACAACGGAAUGGAUGGCAACAUGAAGAAGCGCCUGUUGAUGCCUAGCAGGGGAACUUACCUAGGUCUGCCUAACCACGGACAAACCAGACAAAUGGGACCAAGCCGAAACUUGCUGCUCAAUGGGAAAUCAUACCCAACAAAAGUCCGAUUAAUUCGUGGUGGAUCCAUGCCUCCAGUGAAAAGGAGGAGGAUGAACUGGAUUGAUGCACCAGAUGAUGUUUUUUACAUGGCCACUGAAGAAACCAGGAAAAUCCGCAAGCUGCUUUCCUCCUCUGAAGCCAAGCGAGCCGCCAGGCGCCCGUACAAGCCUAUUAUCCUCCGGCCCAUCCAGGCAGUGCAGCUACGCCAGCCCAUGAAUGAUGAACCCAUAAUCAUUGAGGAUUAA